AUGGAAAUGAUUCCAAUUCUUGAAACUCCUAAUGAAUCUAUUAGAAGAAGAAAUGACAAUCAUCUUGAAAGCUUUAGUCUUAUUUGGCUUAAUAAUCAUGAAAAUGUUGACAUCCAAACAGAACUACGUAAUAUAAUUAAUCAUAUUGAAAUAUUUCAUGAUGUUGAAGAAUGUAAAAAUUAUAUUGAAAAAACAUCAGAAAAUGAUCGAUUAGUUCUUGUUACCAAUGAUGAAUUCGGUCGACAAAUUAUUCCUUCAAUUCAUCAAUUAAGACAAAGUGCAUCAAUUUAUAUCAACUCAGAAGAUAAACAAUGGACAAAUGAUUUUUCCAAGGUAAAAGGUAUUCAUGCUAAAAUGGAUGAACUGGUUUCACAAAUCCAUGAAGAUCAUAAAAAUCUUCGAAAAAUGGAAGAACCUGUAUGGAUGAAUAUGUUUACAACAAUAAGUGAUGCAGGAAAAUCAACAACAGGAAUCAAUGGUCAGUUUGCAUUUUCUCAAUUACUACUUGAUUGUCUUCUUCGGCUAAAAUCAAAUGAAAAUGAUCGAAAUGAAUUAAUUUCAUAUUGUCAAAAAGAAUAUGAAGGAAAUCAAAAUGAAUUAAAUCAUGAACUUUCACAAAAUGAUCCUUUACUGCUUACUGUUUAUAAAGAUUUAGCUAAAAUUGCUUCUCAUGAAAAAGAUUAUGAAGAACAUCUUCGAUUGAGACACAUUUUAGCGGAAAUCAAAGAGAAAAUACAACUGAAUGAUAAUGAGAUUGAGACAAGUGAAAUAGAUAAAUUAACUUACAAUGACAGAAUACAAAAACGAAAAUCAAAAAAUUAUAUCCGAUGUAAUUGGCAGUUAAAAUUAUUGAUAUGUAGUUUUAUUGUUAUUUUGAUGAUUGGAACUGGAAUAUUUACAUUACCAUAUAUAAUUACAAAAUCUUCAAAAGGACUGAAACCAAAAUUCAACAGAUGGAAUCAAAAUGCCAUCACUGUGGCUGGUGGAAAUGAGGUAGGGCAAGAAUUAAAUCAACUUAGUGGUCCUUAUGGGAUCUUUAUCGAUAAAAACAAAAAUAUUUUCAUUACUGAUCAUGAUAAUCAUCGGAUUGUUGAAUGGAAAUAUAAUGCAACAGAAGGACAAAUCAUUGCAGGUGGAAAUGACGAAGGAGACAAAAUGGAUCAAUUGAAUCUACCCACAGAUGUGAUUGUUGAUCAACAAAAUCAUUCGAUCAUCAUUGCUGAUUCUUUGAACGGACGAGUGAUUCAAUGGUUGAAUCAAACUCAGCAAAUUCUUAUUCAGAAUAUAUUUUGUUGGAGUUUGGCAAUGGAUAAAAAUGGAUUUCUUUAUGUUUCUGAUAUUGCGAAGAAUGAAGUGAGACGAUGGAAAAUGGGACAAUUCAACAACGAAGGAAUUAUAGUGGCAGGUGGAAACGGAAAAGGAGAUCAGCUCAAUCAACUGAAUUCUCCUACUUUUAUCUUUGUUGAUGAAGAUCAAUCUCUUUAUGUUUCAGAUAAAGACAAUAGUCGUGUGAUGAAAUGGAUAAAAGGUGCAAAAGAAGGAAGCAUUGUGGCUGGAGGAAAUGGUCAAGGAAAAAAUAUCAAUCAAUUGUAUCAACCUCAAGGAGUAAUUGUUGACGAUUUGGGUCAAGUCUAUGUGGCAGAUUUUGAGAAUCAUCGAGUAAUGCGUUGGCGUGAAGGAAAAGAAGAAGGUGAAAUUGUUGUUGGUGAAAGUAGUCGUGAAAAUCAAUCAAAGCAACUGAGCGGUCCCACAGGUUUAUCUUUUGAUGAUGAUGGAAAUCUUUAUGUUGCUGAUUAUUGGAAUCAUCGAAUUCAGAAAUUUGAAAUAAUUUUGUGA